AUGGCCUCAACUUCACCGGAACCACCAUCAACUCCAGAAGAAUCCCGACCGUUAACACCACCAUUAUCACCAAGUUCAACAGAAAUCCUUGAAGCAGCAGCCCAACAUGCUCUAAACAGUGAAGACCCUUCUUUCCUCAUCGCUGUUCUCAACGAACUUGACCUCCCCGUUCUCACCUACCGUUCUCGUAUGAUUUUGAACUACUUAAUACAGUUCCACCCUAUCCCCCUCUGUCACCGCCUCUCCAAAAUCGUUUUCUCCUCCAGGGAUACCAUAACUAAGGUGACAUCUGCUGUUGCUCUCGAGAUUUUCAAAAUCCUCUUCUCUGAUGUCUUCUGGGGAGAAUUCAUUAAACCUUUACUUCUUGAUCUCAAAAGGGAUGACUAUGCAGUAGAAAAUUUUCCACUUAUAAACGAACUUUUAACACAUUUCAAUCCCCAUUAUAUACCAGAAAAUGAUUGGCCCGGGUUCACAACUGCAGUGUGUGAUAAUUUGGAUUCUGAUAAAGAAGAAGUGCUACAAUUCGUGUUUUCAGUGAUUAACAAGUUGUUUACUAAUGGUGCUGAAAAGAUAUUAGAACUAAGUCUUCAAACAUUGUGUGACAAACUUAAGAAAAUAUUAAGUUCUAGUGAUGUGUCAUUGAAGAUGAAAGAAGCAGCUGUUGAGGCCUCUUUUGGUUGUAUCUUGCGCCUUAAGAAUGCCGUAAAUGAUGAAUUCUUGCAAGAUCUUUUGCGGAAAGUAAUGAAUACUGUUUUCUUUAAGGGUGAAAUAAAGUUUGAUAUGAGUCAAGAGGGAUAUGCGCGUUUGAUUCUUGAUCAACUGGUUGCAUUGGCGCGGACGGACGCGUGGUUCUUGAGAAACCAGGUUGAUAAGGUACUUAAAUUUACAUUUAUUAUCAUGGAGAAUCCUCAAUGUGAAGAAAGAACAAGGUUUCUUGCGAUAGAAUUUGUGCUAGUUCUAGUUGAAGAUAAAAAAGGUAGCCAGAUUUUGGUAAAUACAGGGGGUUGGCAUAUCAAGAGGAUGCUUUCUCAAUUGUUAUGUAUGAUUGCGACUAUCAACGAGAACACGGCAUUGGAUAAUCGUGAUGAGAGGGAUCAAGAGCAAUGGAGAUUACUUGACCAGGGAAUGAAGAGCAUGGCUCGAUUUUCAAAAGCAUUGGGUGGGAGAUUUCUUUUGGAGGGCUUUCCUCAACCAUUUGCAUCAUGCUUUAAUUCUGAGGCAUGGCAAAGACGCCAUGCUGCUGUUAGUUCACUCUCCAUUAUUUCAAAGAAUUGCUCAAAGGCAUUAAAGUCCAAGGUAGAUCUUGUGGCCAAUCCAAUUAUGAAAAUGGUUGACGACAGACAUCAUCAUGUGCGUUGGAGAGCUAUGUAUGCAGUCGAGGAAUUCUCCAAGUAUUUACACCCUGAAUUGCAGAAUCACUAUAAUCAAAAAGUGCUGCCUGCUUUAACGAAAGCUAUGGAUGAUUUCAGUAAUUCCAAAAUUCAGGUGCAAGCUGCUAUGGCAACUUAUCACUUUGUUGAGUAUUGCACUUCAAAUAUGUUAGAACCUCACCUUGAUGAGAUUAUCAGUAAAUUGCUCAGAUGCCUACAGAAAGGAAAACAACUAUUGAAACUGUGGGCCUUAUCAGCAUUAGCUGCAAUUGCUAAGUCAUCACAGGACCGGUUUCUAGAGUAUUACAGAACAGUUAUGCCUUACCUAAAAGUUGUGAUGACGAAAGCAGAAGGGGAAUCUAACAGCAAGCUCCUUUCUGCAACUCUUUCGUGCAUUACAGCAAUUUGGACGGUUUUCGGAAAGGACAAGGUCGGUGAUGAUACUCAACAGGUUGUGCAACUUCUUGUUUCCACAACCAUAUCAAAUCUGGAGAUACAUGACCCAAUGAGAAUUGAAGGGUUAAGAGCAUGGGGCAGACUUUGCAAAUGCUUAGGCCAGAAGUUCCAGCCUUAUAUGGAAGUAGCCAUUCCUUGUUUGCUUCGAUCUGCGCGGCUUACUUUGCCUGAUGAUGCUAACGUUGAAGAAUCGGAUGAAAGAAACCGGAUGAUUCAAAUCAAAACUGAGACUCUGGAGGAGAAAGCCACAGCUUGUGUAUUGUUGCGUGAUUGCGUUGCUGAACUGAAAGAAGGCAUUGAUUUAUGGAUUGAUGAGGUUGCUGAAACUUUAGUUCCACUUCUCGAUUUUUACGAGCAUGCUGGGGUUAGAAUAGCAGCUGUAUUAGCCAUGCCUGAAAUACUGAAAUCGUCGAAAGCAGCAAUUGAGAAAAGGCUUCUUCAGAAAUCUCCCUUUGAAAAGUUGUGUUCUGAUAUAAUACCAGCUUUGGUUGAAGCACUGGUUAAGGAAGAAGUCAUUAAAAUUAGUGCAGUAAUGUUGGAUUCCUUGGAGGAUUGCUUGGAGUUAUCGGGACCUGUUUUAAAUAUAGACCAGAUCAAGCGCUUCUUGUCUGUAAUAAUGGACGUUCUCGACACUAGCAUGUCCAUUCCCAAAGGUGAUGAAGCAUCGGAGCAAGGAGAAAGAGUUAGUAAGAAAGUUUGUGCUUGCUUGAAGAUUUUCAUGAAAACUUACAAGGGUUCCUUGUUGCAAUUCUUCGACCAGCUUUUAUCACCUAUGGAAUAUAUGUGGGUUAAGGAUAAAACAGUUAAAGAAAGGAAAAUUGCCUUGAAAAUUUUCACUGAUGUUGUAGAGGAAUUCCGAGAAGAAGCUUUGAAGUUCUGUGAGAGUGAACUCUUGUUGCUAUUUAAAGCUUGCAAUGAUGAUGAACCAGAAGUUCAAGAGGUUGCUGCACAUGGAAUUGGAGUUGCUGCAGCCUUUGGUGGAUCUAUCUUCAAGCCUCUGGUUGGAGAAGCAGUUUCUGCUCUAAAUGCUAACAUAAGCGAUUCAAUGGCAUUGCACCGAGAUUACAUAAUGGCCCAUGAUGCUGCUGUAACAGCUCUCGGACAAAUAUACCUAUUCCACAAGGACAGAAUCAAUGCAAGUGAGGUGUUUAGUACAUGGCUAAGCCAUUUGCCAAUAAAGAACAAUCUACUGGAAGUCAAAAUUGCACAUGAUCUGCUGUGUUCAAUAGUUGAGAUAUCAGAGGACGAACUUCUUCGCCAAGAUUUUGCUUAUCUUCCCAAAAUCAUCGCCGUUUUUGCAGAGAUACUAUGGGCUGAUGAUGAAACUUUAGCAACAGAGGAAACCGUCUACCGAGUGAUUAAACAGUUGAGGGAGUUUAAGAGCAGGUUGCCAUCAAACAUCUGGUCAUCUAUCCUGUCAACCUUGGAACCCUCUCGUCAGAAUGUUUUGCAACUUUCAUUAUCAUCUUAGUUCUCACUAUUUCUGGUAAUCAUGGAGUCCCUUGAGAUUGAGCAAGGAUUUGUCAUGGAUACUACUGUUUGAGCCGUAUUAAACGAUAUAAAGCAUUUGUUUAUUGGAACAUUCUUUUCUGUUAAAUCUUCUCUUCCUUAUUCUCGCUACAAACGAGUUUUUUAG